AUGGGGCGACGGCAGCGACUCAUCAUCGGCCCCACGGCGAUUAUCGAAGCGCUGGGGGCGGUUGCGCUCGACCUCGUGGAAGCGGCUGUCGCGUCGGCGGUGGCGUCGGCAGUGGCAGCAGUCGCGCUUUCGGAGGCAAGGCCGCAGGCGAAGAGGGUGGCAGACGAGGCUCACGGCGAAGUCUCGCAGCAAGAGCCGUUCACCGGAGAGGAACAUCCAGCAACGCUGGGUCAUCUUGCCGCGGGGGUGGGCGGGGUCGACUUCCAGCGCGAGUUGCAGGCCUCGGACUUCGGACUUGGCACCUUCGAGGGCUUUGAGUCGCAGCAGGACCGCGGUUGCGAGGUCGUGGAGUCCACAUUCCAUUGCGACGGCGGUAACUUCAGGGCCGCCGUCGGGCUCAGCACUGAGGUGUUCAGCUUAGCGGAUGAAGAGAGCGGCGCGUUCGCGGACGGCUGGGCGCGCCGGCUGGCUACUGACGCAGCGGCGGGCGUGAUCCACGGCGUCGACGGUUUCGAGGGGUGCGCGAAGUCCGAGGCGCACUUGUCCGAGGUGGCGCCGUUCCCGAAGCUCGCGGUUGAGAAGUGCGGGGGCGAGUCGGUUGAGCAGCAGGGUACGGGGCCCGCCUACGCGGACGAGCUGAUGGAGAUCAGCGAGUCCGACGGCCAAGCCGGCAAGAAGAAGGUCAAGUUCAAGGAGGAGUUCGAGGGCGCCGACGGCAUCUCAGAGGAGAAGGCCUCGAUGGGGAUCAGCGAGUUCGACGGCCACGUCGGCAAUGAUAAGGUCAAGAUCAAGGGGGAGUUCGAGGGCGCCGACGGCACCUCACCGGAGAAGGCCGCGGCCUUCGACGGGGGCGACGCCGAGAGCCUGAUGGGGCGCGCGCUCGGCGAGUGCCGCAGGAUGGUGGUGGACAUGGGUGGGAGUCGCGCCGCCUUCAUGUCCUGGUUGCAGGAGCUUGCCGAGUUCAAAGGUCUGGGCGUCGACGCGCGCGCCGUGGCAGGCGAGGGCGAGGUGGAACGCGCGAGGGCCGAGAAUCGCCCCGCGCACUUCCACCCCUUGCCCCUCGGCGUCCGGGCCCGCGCGUCCGGGCCCGCGCGCAGCUCCUUGCCGGACCAGCUGGCCGAGCGCGCGGAGGGGGUCGACGUCUCGGGCGCGGAGCGGUCGGAGUUCGUCGAGCCGCAGACACCUGGCCCCUUCGAGUUCCGCAAGCGCAAAGUGACGCGCGCAGGCCUGCAGAUCUCGCGCGCCCAGGUGCUCGCGUCGACGGCGCGCCGGGGCCAGGCCGUGCGCCGCAGGGCGCCGGAGGCGCUGGCGAUCUGGGCGUGCUCGGCUUUUCUGAAGUGCAUCCUCUCGAUUGACCUCUUCGCGUACUUUGCGCUGUCCUGCUUCCUCUACCUGGCGUGCGGGACGACGAUCACCGUUCUCGUCCCUGGCGUGGAGGCCUUCUUCUGCAACAUCGCGGCGCAGGAGAAAGGGUGCGACAACUGCCCCGACGAGCUGAUGAUGUGCGAGAAGCCUACCUGCUGGCAGAACGCAGGACUGAAUCUUACGUACAAGAAGUACGCAGCUGAUUCUACACAAGCCUUCUACCAGAGUUACUCGAAGGCAGCGCUUGACACGGCGGCCAACAAGUUUAUCCAGUUAUCUUCGGUCACCGACCCGCUUCAGCUGUUGAGCGCGCUCCACGGCAACGCCGAUGUCACCGUCGAUAGCAUCGAGUUCCAUUGCCAAGUGCUCUUUGUGGCCAUCGGCAAGGUCGAGCCCGGCGUGCUGAGCGGCACAGGUGGCCCCUGCACGAACGACGACGGCGUGAAGCAGGCGGAGGUCGCCACCGAAUGCCCCUGCGACGAUCUCGAGUUCACCGAAGCGGAUGCGACGGAACGCCGCGGGGAACGUUGUCGCGUCGGUUUCGCGCCUUGCAUGUGA